GGUCGCGGAAAAGCCGUUGGAAGGCCGCAGGGAAGGCCGUGUGCGUGGCGUUCCCGUCCCGGCGCCCUCGGUCAUGGACUACCGGCGGGUCCUGAUGGGCCGGGUGGUGCCCGGCCAGUUCGACGACGCGGACUCCGACAGUGAGAACCCAGACUUGAAGACAGUCAAAGGGGAAGGUGGCGCUCUGUCUGAAGACUUUGAAGGUCAUGUGGUUGCGGAGAAGGGCGAAGGUGAGCUAGAAGAUGAAGAGGACGAGGACUUUGAUGAAGACGACAGUGACUGGGAAUGGGAUGAUGGAGUGGGCCGGCUCACCAGGGGAAAUGGCUGGAGUGGCGGGAACAACCCACAGGCAAAUCGACAGACUGCCCAUUGCACUGCAGCCAAAAUGUCUACUCCAGCUGACAAAGUCUUACGGAAAUUUGAGAAUAAAAUUAAUUUAGAUAAGCUGUAUGUUACUGACGCUGUCAUAAAUAAAGUCACUGAGAAGUCUAGACAGAAGGAAGCAGAUCUGUAUCGCAUCAAGGAUAAGGCAGACAGAGCGACAGUAGAACAGGUUUUGGAUCCCAGAACAAGAAUGAUUUUAUUCAAGAUGUUGACCAGAGGGAUCAUAUCAGAGAUUAAUGGCUGUAUUAGCACAGGAAAAGAAGCUAAUGUAUACCAUGCUAGCACAGCAAAUGGAGAGAGCAGAGCAAUCAAAAUCUAUAAAACUUCCAUUUUGGUGUUCAAAGAUCGGGAUAAAUAUGUAAGUGGGGAAUUCAGAUUUCGUCAUGGCUAUUGUAAAGGAAACCCUCGAAAAAUGGUGAAAACCUGGGCAGAAAAAGAAAUGAGGAACUUAAUCAGGUUAAACACAGCGGAGAUACCGUGUCCAGAACCAGUCAUGCUGAGAAGUCAUGUUCUCGUCAUGGGUUUCAUUGGUAAAGACGACAUGCCAGCGCCACUCCUGAAGAACGUCCAGCUAUCUGAAUCCAAGGCCCGCGAGCUGUAUCUGCAGGUCAUUCAGUACAUGCGGAGGAUGUAUCAGGAUGCCAGACUUGUUCAUGCCGAUCUCAGUGAAUUUAACAUGCUGUACCACGCUGGGGACGUGUACAUCAUCGAUGUGUCUCAGUCUGUGGAGCACGACCACCCGCAUGCCCUGGAGUUCCUGAGGAAAGACUGUGCCAACGUCAGCGAUUUCUUUUUGAAGCACAGCGUCGCUGUCAUGACUGUGCGGGAGCUCUUUGAAUUUGUCACAGACCCAUCCAUCACACGUGAGAACAUGGACGCUUAUCUCUCAAAGGCCAUGGAACUAGCAUCUCAAAGGACCAGAGAAGAAAGGUCUAACCAAGACCAUGUGGAUGAAGAGGUGUUUAAGCGGGCAUAUAUUCCUAGAACCCUGAAUGAAGUAAAAAACUACGAGAGAGAUGUGGACAUAAUGAUGAAAUUGAAGGAAGAGGACAUGGCCUUGAAUGCUCAGCAGGAUAAUAUCCUGUACCAGACCGUCACAGGGUUGAAGAAGGACCUGUCAGGCGUGCAGGAGGUCCCUGCUCUGCUAGAAAACCAAGUUCAGGACAAGACUUACUCUGACUCAGAAGGAGCCGGCAGCUCUGAGUGCUCCGACACAGACUCUGAAGAGCAGGGCGACCACGCCCACUGCAAGAAACACACCACUGACCCUGAUGUUGAUAAAAAGGAAAGAAAAAAGAAGGUCAAGGAAGCCCAGAGAGAGAAAAGAAAAAACAAAAUUCCUAAACAUGUAAAGAAAAGGAGGGAGAAGACGGCCAAGACCAAAAGGGGCAAAUAGCACAGGGCCACCGCGUGAGCGGGCGUUUGCAGCGCGUCUGGCAGGUGGCCGACGGCCUGCAGCUGCACUGUCGCUGUGGCACUGUGAAGACGGUAGAGAGCUGUCGGGCAGGGAUGCGCAAGUUCUGAGCUCCCGGUGCCCCGAGGCAGGCACUUUGGUGUUGGCAAAGGACUCAUUUAAACUGUUGUAGAGAAGAGCUUCACACAUUCUUAUUUUUCUAUUUUGUCUCCUGCAAGUAUGUUUUUGGAAGCAUCAUAAAUAUUUAAAUGUAAGUGUGCUUCAGACAACCCUGGGAGAUUGUUUCUGCUCUCUUUUUACAUGCCAAAGACCGUCUGAAAUUAUUUCAUCAUAAGGCCAUGGCAUAUAGUAUAAAAGGAAUUUUCCUUUUAGGAAAUCCAGCUGGCCAUUGAUGUUGGUUUGUUGCACCUCUGCUCUGUGUUCGUUUUUGGUCGUUUGUGAUGUACUCACACUGCAUCUUUUAAAAAAUUUUUCUGAGAGGCAGAGAGAAGUGCGCUCUCGUACUAGUACACUCCUCAAAUAUCUGCCAUGGCCAGGACUGGGCUAGGCUGAAGCUGGGAGCCGGGAGCGCCAUCCAGACCUUCUGUGUGGGUGGCAGGAGCCCAAUGACUUGCGCCAUCACUGCUGCUUUCCAGGGUGUGCAUCAGCAGGAAGCUGGAGUCAGGAGUCAGUGCCAGCAGGGACCUAGGCACUCCUAAUAGGGGAUACAGGCAUUUUUUUUUUUUUUUAAAGAUUUAUUUAUUCAUUUGAAAGAGAUACACAGAAAAAGGAGAGGCAGGGAGAGAGAGAAGUCUUCUAUCCACUGGGUUCACUCUCCAGUUGACCACAGUGGCCGGAACUGGGCCAGUCCGAAGCCAGGAGCUUCCUCCAGGUCUCCCACGUGGGUGCAGGGGCCCAAGGACUUGGGCCAUCCUCUACUGCUUUCCCAGGCCAUAGCAGAGAGCUGGAUUGGAAGUGGAGCAGCCGGGACUUGAACCAGCGCCCGUAUGGGAUGCCGGCACUGCAGGUGGUGGCUUUACCCGCUAUGCCACAGCACUGGCCCCAGGAUGCAGGCAUCUUAAUCAGCAUUUUAACUACUAGACUGAAUACCUGUGUCACACUUCAUCGACCUCAGUUUUGUAUUCACAUGCGUGACGUGUUCAUUUAUUCAUCGAGUAUCUGAGGAUUUUAAGUGCUGUGAUAUCACAGUGAACAAAAUAUAAGCAUUGCUACCUUUGAGAAGACAUUAAACAACAGGUAAACUGUAUCAGUAGGUGAUAAAUUCUAUGAUGAGAAAUAAUUCAGAAAAGAGAUACUAAGGUGUUAGGGGUUUGCAGUUUAAACUAGGGUUCUUAGAAAAGCCACCCUUAGAGGUGCCAGUACUUGACGAAGGUGUGAGUCAUAUGUGCAUCACGAAGGGAGAGCAUUCCAGGCAGAGCGAACAGCCUGGGGGAGGCCGCGUGGCAGGAGAGGGCUCGAUGGUCCAGAAUCCGGGUGCAGCCUCGUAGUUGAGGGAGAAAUGAAAUGAAAUCCAAGAGCCUGGGGCUGUGGAGGGUUUUGAGCAGGGGAGUGAUAGGUUCCGACCCCCUCGAGAACUACCGGGAAGCCAGGAUGAGAGAGAGACUGGAUGUGCUUACUGUUACAGCCCACGUGAGAUGCUGACGGCUCCGUCUAGGAUGGUAGCUGUAGACACGGAGAAGUGGUUGAUGUGCUGGGGAAUGGGCAGAGGGGGGAGAGGUGACUUCACAUGACUCACGCAGCUGAGAUGGUCGCGUUGUCACAUUCUAUGAUGUGAAGUGAUGUGGGUGGGGCGGGUUUGGGGAUAGGAGGGUGAGAGCCAACGAAAGCUUAGGUUGCAGCAAAGCACAAAUCUUAAAAUCCCUAUUUUUAUAUUUUUAACCAUAUACUUUGUCAGAAAUGGUUGUUAGCCAUUGUGUUCAGUUACUUUGUUUAAACCCCUAGUUUCCAUGUACACUGAGACCUACGCCACUGUGUGUGAUGGUAGCUUGCUGAAAUAGCAGUUGAGCUCUUAAAGUGAUAAGCACACUUUAUGAUGUUUGUAAAAUCUCCCUUCUUGAAUAAACUCUCAGAGUAUGAAGUGUAGUUUCAGUGAGACACAAAAGUACUGUCCCAAAUGACAUAGGCUAUAAUUAACGCAAGAAGAGCAAAACGGAUUUGGCAACCCUCUAUACAUUUGGGGAUUUGGACCAAUUCUAGUAUUUGCGUUGACUUUACUCUGUGACAGCGUAUGUUCCUAUUAGGCGCUCAGGCUCCUCGGGCACCUGUCGCUGUAUCCAGUGCAAUUUCUAGGUUUGGAAUCAACUCUAGACCCAGAGGAACGUUGACAGGAAUGAGGGGCCGUUCAUUGUCUUGUGUUGCUAUGGGUGGGGGGAAGUAGUUCCCCAAGUGUGAGGGUCUGGGCUGUCGGGGAGUUCUCACUUGAGGCACAUUCUGCGGAUGGCUCUGCAGCUGGGGCACUGCCUCCCCGUUUGGGUUCUGGGCUGGAAGGCUGUGUGCUGGCCAAACCACGCGUCUGACGUUGUUUCCCUCGUUUCUAUCUUCUUGUCCAAAGGCUUGGUAGAAAGAACCUGGGCUGAGGCAGACUGCUUAGAAGGCUCCUUGUCUUGUCUUAUGGUUGAAUUUGAUCUCCUGACAGGUUUUCCUGUUAAUGGGUUAUGGUUUAUACAGCUAUUUUCCAUUUGGAAAGAUGAGGUUUGGGACUCUUGGCCCCAAGCUGAAAACACUUUGUCAAUUGAUGUGUUUGAUUUUCUGUCAUAUAUUGUUGGUUUUUUUUUCCUGUUACUCCACAUACUUGUCAGGCAAGUGUUUCUGAAGGUUCACUUCGAGAAGCGGAAUGGAGCAGAGUUGCUGUCCUUUGCUGGACGCUGCUCUAGCUCUCAUUCUUGAAGCAGAGCCUCGCUCCGCCUGUGGUCUUGGAAGAGGUGGGAGCCGUGGCUGCUGUGAGCCCAGGUCUGGUCAAGGAGGAGCCCGUGGUUCUUGGCCGACAUCAGCUCUGCGUCAGCCUUGUCUGUAGUUUGGUGAAGAGCAGACUCGAGAGCAGCUUGCAGCUGUGCUGAGCGUGGGCCGGCGGCUGUGCUGCUCCCGUGCACUGGCACCCGAGCUGUGGCACCCGAGCUGUGGUACCCGGGCUGUGGUACCCGGGCUGUGGCUGCGUCUCGACUGAGCGCAUCUCGGUGCGGCUCUCCUGGCACUCGCCUUUUGGCUCAGAAACGAGAUGAAAUGUGGAAUGCCAGGCCCCUGGAUGAUCUCUCUAAUUUUUAUUUGUCUAUCAACUUGGUAAGGAGAAACCUUGCAUGCUGUGUGCCUUACUUGACUCUGAAGUUUCUGUUUUGCUGGUAGAAGGAGCAGCAGCAGGAGCCACCUCCCUCGCAGUGCAGCACCUGUGAAGAUGUGUGUGAGCUCACAGUAUGGGGUGGUGUUCAGCUUUGCCUUGUUGUCCCUUGACUUGGGUUGGGUUCCCACGUUCCCCCCGUUUCAGAUAGAAUGGUUAACUUAAUAUCCUUUGGGUUGUGUUGCCUUGGAGGUAUGAGUGUUCCAGAGGAACGCACGGUGUCUGGUGCCAGGUUACUAAGGAGGGCACGGCUCGCUUGCGUCUGUGCCCUCCUGAAGCCUUAGUCCCUGUUUGUGCUGUGAAAGCCGCUGGACUUGAAUUUGGAGAAUCUGACUGAAUUUGUGGAGUGGUUGGCUUGGGUUUUAUCGCUUUGGUUGCUCGCCAGGGGGCAGCGGCCUUAGAGAGCUUGCAUAGUAGGCACGUGGCCACAAAACUCUUUUUCUCUUUUCACAGAGUCAGGGGUGGCUUCUGCCACAACUGUCUCCAGACUUGGAGAUAGCUUCCCAUGUCUUGUAUGGUGACACAGGUUUGUUUCAAAGGCCGGUCACCUUUUAUCAGCUUUUAGCCUUCACAAAUCCCAUUGGUAGUUGUCACGGUAGGUCUGUCCAGGCCAGAACACUGAAGUCAGGGUGCUGGAAUGCAGAGAGGGAGCGAGUGGCGCUGCCCAAGGAGGGCUGCACUUGCUGGCGUGGCUAGGGUGCAGCCCAAGGUGCGGUGGCCAAGGCUGGGCAGCAGAUGCAGGCACUGACGGCUGGAAGGAUGGCUUGUGGCAUAGUCGCCUGGGUUCCGACAGACAGGGUUUAAAGUGUCCGUGACACAGCCUAAAGUUCAAGCGUGUGAGGAAGGGGCUGGGGGAGAGGGGCACACCAGCGCGACCAAGGGGGUGGCAGAGGAGGUGGAGGACUCGGGAAAGCUAGGGUUCAAGUCAAGAAGGAGCAGAGCCCCCUCACUGGCAUCUAAGCAUGGGUUCCAGAGGGCACCGUGGAGUGUUUGGAGAUUUGGAAAGUAGGGAGAGAAGUCUGAUUUUUCACUUCCCUUGGGUGAGGCCACAUUGCGGAGUUGGACAGAUCCGUUGUCUGGCUCGCAGUGACCACCUGGGGGACAGCACCUGGGGGACAGUAGGUCAUAGCAGCCCCUCCUUCGCGGCCUCAUUGCAAAGGAUGCUGGGAGAGCUGAUGGGGAAUUUGCAGUGGAUGGGUCAGGUCGAUGAUCCCUGACCUCAUUGCUCAUGGAGUGAGAGUAGAAGAGCCAGACCCUCGAUGUGCUGCUGUGGUGAGGGAGGGAGGGCACAGAGCCCCUGGAAAAUGCCUCGCCGCCCCAGAACACUGAACCUGAACCUGUGGCCUCCACACGUAACCAGCAGGGCGCGGGUACGGGGCAGGGGAGAAUACAGCCAGCCGCAUCUGGAACGAGGAGAGAAAGGGGGAGCCGACACAAAGCAAAGGUCUUGAGCUUGAUCCCAGUGCCUGGACUUCAUCUGGGUCCCGACAGGGCAAUUAUUAAAAAUAUUUUUAACAAGGAAAUUUUUAAAAUGAAUCAGGUAUUAGAUGGUAGUAUAGAAUGAUUUUAUCAGAUUUUAUUUGAUGUCAUAGUGAUGCUAUGGUUACAUUUUUAAAAAUUGUGUUCCAUGUGAGUGCAAUGUCUUAUAAAAAAGUGGGAUUGCUUUAACAAGUAUUUUUACUGCAUUGCUAUUUGUAAAGUAGUGGCAGAUGAAACAUUAGCACAAUGUUAACUGCUAAAGCUGCUUAGUAGGCUUGUGAGGGAUUCAUUAUACUGUUUGUAUAGGAAAAUUUCUAAUAGAGGUUCUGGAAAAUGAGUCAAGGGACCAGUGUUGCUCCGCUUCCAAUCCAGCUUCCUGCUAAUGCACCUGGGAAGGCAGCAGGAGACGGGCAUUGGAGGAGUGAACCAGCAGAUGGGAGAUCUGUCUGUCCUCUCUCACCCUAGCUCUUGCCUUUCAAAUAGUUUUAAGUGGAUCAAUGUAUAUUGAGUGCUUUGGGAUUUUUCACGUGUUAGUCCUGCAUUUUACAAAUGUCUAUUUUUCUGUAGCUAUUCUUGCAAACUAAUUUACAUACUGAAUUUGCUUACCUCGUCAGGUGCCUUCCCUCCUGUCCAGCCUCUGAGUAGGCUGUAAGCUCUGGAAGGGCAGGGCUUUUUGUUCCAUUUUGUAUCCCAGCACUAGACUCGUGCCUGAAACGUAAAUAUUCAGUAAACACUCAAGUGUCUAAUAUGUUGUGUCUCCGAAACAGAGAGGAGGCCUGUAUGUAUUGAAAACACCCCUCAUGUUAAUAAAAAUGAGAACUUCUUAUUGAUGGUCUGUUUGCAUCCUCUAGCCCUGCCCCCGGUAACCAGGGGUGACCAAUCUGCUUUGGAACUGGGGGUCCAGAGCCUGCCGUUGGUCAAACCCUUGUACAGUACUUAAGCUAAUGGGACCUAUGUAUUCAGAACUGUAUAAUAAAAAUAAUCUUCUUGUUUUGAGUUUGAUCUUGAGAGACUGUUUUGAGUAUCAACCAAAAAAGUGAGCUGUGAAUUAAUUACCCAAUCCGAAACUACAAUACUUGAAGACACCAAGGCUCAUAUUUAUACACUUUGCCAUCUUUUCCCAAGUGUUAGACUGAAAAAAAAAAAAAAAACAGAAAA